GCGCGACUUAUUGACCAAGGUCCUAGAACCUAAUGUCAUUUCUUCACAAAAUUUUUGCAAAAUGGCGUUGUCUGUUCCUAAAACUUCUUUCCAACACAUGCUCAAAGAUGGUGCUAAGGUAUGUUUAAACUAAACCAAACUGAAACGAGAAGGCAACUCAAACAUAGAAGCUUCAAAUCAAGUUAAAAUCGAAGUGUUUAUGUGUUUUAUUCGUUUGACAAUUGUCUAUAUGAGGUGCACGUGGUUUCCCUGUUUGAGUUUGUUUGCGAAAUGAAUAGUUUGUCAAGUGUGUGAAUAGUGUUUUCUUCACUUUAAAACAUAUCAUUUGGCCUCCUCGUUUUAUUCAUAGUUAUGGUUUAGGAUAAUGUUAGUCAUUUCUAAAAAAAUCUUCAUAAAUGUACAUGAAUGUGCAUAUUUAUUAUUUAUACUAAGGGAGUGUACUAUAAACAGGGAAUAUCCUGUUAAGUUAUUUUUUAAUUUAAUUUAUAAACUUUGCCGAUGAAACAGUACAUUACAUGACAAGACAAAAACAAACAUACAUAAUGAAAUACAGUAGGUACAUGACCACAGCUGGGUGACCGCAACAGCGAAUAGCCAAUUACUGCAGGCCCGACAGAAAACUAUCGUUACACAUAUAUAUACACAUACAACAUACGUUACAGGUGUGAUCUUAUUUACAGUUCAACUGCAACACGAUACUGGACGUAACAGGCUUCGAAUACAAUUACAUUUCAGACAUAUACUCUUAAAUGUUCGAGAGUUUUCAGGAUCAUAAUUAAUGUUCAGUGAUGUAAAGUAAUACUUGAGCAAAUCUGAUUUAAAUACAGAAAUGCUAGUAUCCUUAGUGAGGUUCAGUUCAUCUGGAAGAUAAUUCCAAACUCGGCACGCUCUUACGAGGAAAGAUUUUUGGUAGGUGGUAGUUCUGCAUUUAGGGAUGACAUAUUUCAGUUUGUUUGAUGAGGUUGAUCGGGUUGCUCUACAAGUGGCGAAGAUAGCUGGCGACACUUGGGGAUUUAGCGUUACUAGACCAUGUGUGAUUUUGAAAAACAUGAUGAGUUGCCAUGAACAAAAGCGCAAAUUGAUGUUUUUUUCCUAGUCUCUGAGUAUAAGUCUCCCCCCCCACGAAUAUAAGCCCCUGUGUAUGAGCCCACCAUAUUUGCUAAUAUACUCAGGCCAUUCCGAAUAUAAGCCCCCCAAAUAUAAGCCUCUCUGUGUAUAAGCCCAUGGGCUUAUUAUUAGACACUAUUUAUUAACACAGCGAUGGGGAUUCCAGCAGUUCAGACAGUUGAGAAUAAUUGCAGUAUUAAAUAUGUUAAGUAACUUGUUUUAUUAUGUGUUAUAUACUGUGUGUUGAUAUAUUUUUGUUCACAGUAUAGUUUCCAGGUAGAAUAAAUAUUAUUACUAACAUCAAAUGUAGUCCAUGUAUAAGCCCCUGCCCCCCAAUCAAAAAGUGCUUAUCAUCUUGCCACAGCAAAAACAUGAUAUACCCACCUAAAAUCCUCAAUUUGACAUUUUACAUGGCAACUUGAAUAUGGACGUAGCCGCUGGUUAAUUUAAAUAACAAUUCCUUUAUAUACAUUGCAUAUCAUUGUCAUUUUCAGCACAUGAAAGGUCUCGAUGAAGCAGUGUUUCGAAAUAUUGAAGCAUGCAAAGAAAUAACAAAAAUAACAAGAUCUUCAUAUGGGCCCAAUGGUAAUUAUAUGUUGAUAAAAAUGUUCCUAAUUGCCAUUAAUCUUUAAUCUUACAAUCCAAAAUUUCCUUUGAUAUUGUAAUUUGUAAAUGAAAGAAUGCAUUUUAUAUAAUUUGUUUUUUUGUAUAUGUUUUAGGGCUGAACAAAAUGGUUAUCAAUCAGCUUGAGAAAUUAUUUGUUACAAGCGAUGCCGCGACAAUUAUCAAAGAGUUAGAGGUUCUUUUGAAUAUUUUUUUCAUGGUUUUGGCGGCUUUUUGCUGGGUGAUUUGCAGUAGAGUCCUGGCGUCAAUAUUAACUAGAGAUGCAUAUUUCCUAUGGACGAAUUUAGGCAAUUUGGUUCAAUAAUUAGUGUGACAACAGAUGCCAUUUUGGCACGCUGUAUGAGCAGCCCACAACCACCCGGAAAAAAUAGGAUCGCACGGUCCGUCGUGUUGAAAAAAAUAAUAGGGUCGGCAGAAAAAAAUAGGGUCAGUCGGGAACCGGAACCACAGGUAUUUAUUUUUUUAGGCCUAAACAUCAAAAAAUCUUUUCAAAAUUUUUUUCACAUAUACAGUAAUUCAAUAACUAGCCAUCACCUAUAAAUUUAUUGUAUAGAUCAAUGGAUUAACCCAUUGAGUACUGGCAGCACUCUCCACUUGACGAGUAAAAUUGUCUUGCGUUAGACAGAGUAAAUUACUAAAGUGGGUGCAUCAGGGCACAUUGCCACUUAAAGGGAAUUAAGAAGAAAAACUUGUUGCUAAUUUAGAAGUUGCCGACCCUGGUGCAUAAGUCCAAUUGAAUAAUAUACUAGAGACUCUAAGAUUGACGUUUGUGGCUGACCUGCAUAUACUUAAAAAAUGAACAAAUACUUCAUUUUUUAAGGCAGGCUUAGACUUGCCACAAGUCGACCACAUGGGGAGGGCGUGGGGGAGGGAGCGCGUGACCCGAGUGACGAAGUGAAGCGCGCCAUAGAAGGGCCUGGAAAGGACUUUGGAAAGUCUAAGGCAGGCUUUGUAAAACAUAAUGUUUUCAUGGUUUCUGUUAUAUAUAAAUGUAACUGCCCAAUAACUUAAUUUCCAGGUUCAACAUCCAGCUGCUAAGAUGUUAAUCUUGGCAUCUCAGAUGCAAGAACAGGAGGUAACAAACACUCAAGAUGAAAUAUAAACUUUAAAACCAAGAAAUCUUGUCUAGCAGUAGGAAUAUUUGUGUGUGUUCAUUUGUACUUCUUCCCCCCGACAACGUCUGUAGCUUCCCUCUUGUAUGAACAUGUAUAUUCUCCCCAGCAAAACAUGUAACUCUCUUUCUCCUGCAAGAAAAAGUCUGAAGAUUCCCCCCUUGAAAAAACCUGUACUUCCCCCUCCAGGAAAAUUUGUAGCUCUCCCCCUGAAAGUCUGUAGGUCCUCCCCCCCAGAAGAGGUCUAUAGCCUGCCCCCUUACGAUAACUGCACCUCCCCAGCAAAAGUCUGACAUCUACAGUUUCAAAAAGUUUGUAGAUUCCCCCCUACUGCCCCCUCCUGCAAACGUCUGUAGUCCACCCCCUGAAACUCUGUAGCUUCCCCCCCAGAAAAAGUCUAUAGCUUGCCCCCUUAAAAUAUCUGCAUCUCCCCAGCAAAAGUCUGACAUCUGCAGUUUCAAUCAAAAAGUCAGUAGAUUCCCCCCUCGAAAAAACCUGUACCUGCCCCUCCUGUAAAAGGCUGUAGUCCUCCUCCCUAAAAAUCUGUAGCUCCCCCCCCCACAGAAAUAGUCUAUAGCCUGUCCCCUUAAAAAGUCUGUACCUUCCCCAGCAGAAGUUUGUAGUUUUCCCCCUGGAAAAGUCUAAAAAAUCUUCAUGAUUUUUGGCAAUUUUGAUGCAAUUUGUGGUGCUGGUAGAGUCAAAAUUGGUUUUUCAAAUGAAAAUUGAUGCGUCUGUUAGGUUGGGGAUGGCACAAAUUUUGUCAUGGUUUUUGGUGGACAACUUCUUGCCAAGGCCGAGGAACUUUUACGUAUGGUAAGCUAUGGAAAUUUUGUGACCAUAUAUACUUGAGGAAAAACAAUCUGCACUAAAUCUUGUUGUUUAUAUAGGGUCUUUCCCCACCAGAAGUGAUAGAAGGCUUUGAGAAGGCAUGCGAUAAAGCAUUAGAAAUUUUACCAGGUACUUGCAAAAUUCUCAUGAAAUAUUGAAACUUGCAGUUCAUUAGAGACCCAACAAGAACUAUCCUGUUGUUCCAAAAAAAAUAAAACUUUCCAAAAAUUUCUUAAUUUUAUUUUAAUUUUACAUAGGGACGUGAUUUUUCAGGAUAUGCAAUAUAUCAGGAUAUAUUUUGUUAUGCCUUACCGUGCAAUUAAUUGUCAUGUACUGCAUGUGCAGGGCGCGAUAAUUCAAUAUUUUUGUCGUACCUGACUGGUACGCCAAUGGUUGUUGCGACGUACUUUGCGCUGGUACAAAUUCAGUGCUCAAUGUGUACUUACAGUCAUUAAAAUAAGCUUCAGGUUUCUGAAAAGUAUGUUCAUACUACGAGUUAGAAACACAAACACAAUUACAUAUAUGCAUAUACAAACAAUCGACUCCAAGGCUUCUUAUUAGUGCCAUCAAUCCAAUCAUGUUUCAUGCCAAGACAUCUCAGACACAUGAUAUACCAACGAGAUUACGGUAUUGAAUACCUUGGACUUGAAAAGGUCAUGUGGUACUAGCAAAAAGUACGUACGCAAAUAGCAAGAGUUCCGCGUACCUACAUGGUACGUGGCUGAAAACAAAGAAGUACCAGAGCGUAAUAUUGGCGUGCCUCCGCUACGUAAGUACGCGAAUUAUCGCACAGAUCGGAAGAGCACUAUGAUUUUGAUUAUUAUGAUCAUAAUUUGUAUAUGAAAUGAAUUUCCCAGAUUUAACAUGCUAUACGAUAAAGAAUAUACGAGACUCUAAAGAAGUGACCAGAGCCAUCAAGUCAUCUGUUACAAGCAAACAGGUAUAUGAGUGCAAUGUCAGUUAAGUUUCCAUUACACAGUGUUAGAGACUGUAAAGCUUAUUGAUGUUAUUAUCAAUUUAUUAACAGUAUGGAAAUGAAGAUUUUCUCUCAGAACUUCUUACAAAAGCUUGUGGUAGGUUUAACCAGAUUUUUGGCCUUUGUCGUAAUAUGUCAGAAACAAGACACCAUUUAUCUGUUUAUCCAAACCCACCUCACACUUUAUACUGUACUUAGCCUGGUUAUUUUUGAAAACGAUCAUACUUCUUGUGAAGUUAUCUUGUUGAGAAAUGAAAGUAGUGAUACAUCGGGAGCUGGUUGUAUAAAAAAGUGAUUAAAGUUAACUGUAGUUGGUGGAAAUGUCAUCCAAUAAGAAGCUCGCAUUUGAGAGUUAAUCACUAUUUAACUACAAAAUAGUGAUUAAAAAAGUGAUUACUGUCGUUCCAAUUGAAGUGUUGCUCAAAUAUUGAUUCAAUACAUUACCUCGGGCUGACCAAUUCAUUUCAUCAAGUUCCUCGAGAUAUUCAUACACUUCCUAGUAUAAUUGUAAACUUCCUGUUGAAUAGUUUGAAUGCACCAAUCACCUUUGUUGUUUGUGCAACUAACCAAUCAUAAAUAGAAAGGAAGUGACCAGAAAUGAUCAAAUACUUGGAAUGAGCUCUUUCACAGGAAGUGUAUGAAUAUCUCGAGGAACUUGAUGAAAUGAAUUGGUCAGCCCGAGGUAAUGUAUUGAAUCAAUAUUUGAGCAACACUUCAAUUGGAACGACAGUAAGAGUUUUCUACAACCGGCCCCAGGCCUUAAAAUAUCGGUCAUGCAGAGAACCGUCUGACAACAUGUUUGAUGACUUUGAGUUUGGGUCAGGUGCAAAAAAAAAAGCUCACGACCCCCAUGGAAAGUUAGGGCUUAGAACGUGCCAAAGUCAACGACGUGACCUAUGUAUGUAGUGUACAUAAUUAUGUAUCUAGUGUAUUAAUAAAUUGUGACUGUACAACUCAUCCAAUUAUGCCCCUCAUUACAAUUACUACAAAGUUUCUUUCAAAAAAUAUUGCAUUAAAAGGGUACUUGACACAGAGAUGAAUGGCUAUCACUGUUUCAAUUUUACACAAAAACUUUCUUACGAAGCGUAGAUCCUAAGCAACCAGAAAAUGUCAAAUUUGUACUUUGAUCUAUCAUUGAAACUUUCCCAAGGGGAGGUGCAUGACUUUUCAGGGGAGGUGCAAAACGAUCUCAGGGGAGGUGCGUACCUCCCCACACCUGGUACCUCCCCUCAAAAUCCGACCACCAUGUCCAGUGGUUUCCUCUUUACGUUGGACAAUUUCACGAAUGGGUCGAACAAGGUCCAUGACCGACCGAUAUUUUAAGGCCUGCAGUCAUAUACAUUACAAUUUGGUUACAGAGCUCAGUAAGUUAUGUUGCUAUAUACCUUAUUAUGAGGAAAUUAACGAUGCACUUUAUUAACGCGACAUAAAUUAACGUGUCAUCUAAUUAACGCGAAUUGCUUUCAGGUACUUCUAAAGUUGAUCAAAUUAACGCGAAUCUGACAGUUUAUGGUUAGCAAGUUAAUUUAACUAACGCGAGUCGAAGAAUAUAAACACAACAGCAAAAGUUUAAUAUUAUAUACUACCAAUAAAAUGGUACGCGAGUAGAUAUGUCAAAACUGUAACGUUAAAAGUUAAAGUCAUCUAAGCCAAUGUGACCAAUGUAUAUUAAAUAUAUAGUCCAGCUUAAGGUUCUGCCGACAGUGACAUGUGAAGAAGUGGACUGAUGUUUUUGUUUUGAGGUUUAAUAUGAUGUAUUUUGAGUUAAAAGAGUUCGUGUUGUAUAAAACAAAUCAAGGUCUUUUUACUGUCGUUCCAAUUGAAGUGUUGCUCAAAUAUUGAUUCAAUACAUUACCUCGGGCUGACCAAUUCAUUUCAUCAAGUUCCUCGAGAUAUUCAUAUACUUCCUGUGAAAGAGCCAAUUCCGAGUAUUUGAUCAUUUCUGGGCACUUCCUUUCUAUUUAUGAUUGGUUAGUUGCACAAACAACAAAGGUGAUUGGUGCAUCCAAACUAUUCAACAGGAAGUUCACAAUUAUACUAGGAAGUGUAUGAAUAUCUCGAGGAACUUGAUGGAAUGAAUGGACCAUUUGCAUUAUAGACUAACUUUUGAUCCAGACAAAAAUUUCAUCACAGCUUGAAAGAGCAUCGAUGUACUUCAAAUUUCGCGAAUGUUAAAUGGAUAAUAUACCUUAGUUUGUUGUCAGAUUUUAUUACGCACGGAAAUUGACAGCCCAAUCGGGUGUUGGGGCAUCAAUUUCCCGUUUGUAAUACAAAAUGACUGAAAAUUGCAAAUUUCGCAAGGCUAUAUUAUCCGCAUUUUACAACAUUUCACAACGAAACUUUGGAAUAUUACUAAUUUUGUGAUGCUCUUUCAAGCUGUGAUGAAAUUUUUGUCUAGAUCAAAAUUUAGUCUAUAAUGCAAAUGGUCCAUUGAUCAGCCCGAGGUAAUGUAUUGAAUCAAUAUUUGAGCAACACUUCAAUUGGAACGACAGUAAUUAACGAUAAACUAAAAUUUGCAUGCUUGAAAUGAACGAUAACAUAAAUUAACAUUAAUUAAAUUAACGCGAAUUUUUAAAAUCCGCUUUAAUAAAGUGCAUCGUUAAUUUCCUAUAAUAAGGUAAUCAAUAUACACUAUAGUUAAUUUUGAUGGCUUUAAGACUCCCCACACCUGCCUACUUUAUCAACAAAGCCAUCUAGCCGUAGCAGCUCCCAGAAGUGUGUGAGAGCAUGUAAUUCAUCAUUAAAUUAAUUUCCCCUCUUUUCUUCAGUACCGAUCCUGCCGGAAUCUGGUUUGUUUAAUGUCGACAACGUUCGAGUCGUUAAAAUAUUGGUAAGCCUUAAGUGAAGCCUUAAGCCCCGUUUACACUACGCUCGAUUUUUGGUACCGUACCACUUUUUUGGUUCUUGGACUACCUAUUUUUUUGGUUCUUGGACUACCUAAAUAGGUAGUCCAAGAAUCAAAAAAGUGGUACGGGUACCAAUUUUAUCCGUGCCGUACCAAAAAUUGAGCGUAGUGUAAACGGGGCUUUAGUCAAGCGAGGACGAGAGUUGGCAAGCAAGAGUUUGCACGAGUGUUUCCUCAACUCUCAUUGUUGUGUCUUAUAUGUAGGGUUCUGGUGUACUUAGUUCUGUGGUAAUUCAAGGCAUGGUUUUCAAACGCGAGGUAGAGGGAAAUAUUACUAAAGUCCAAGAUGCUAAGAUUGCUGUGUUCUCGUGUCCACUCGAUUCUAUGGCAACUGAAACUAAGGUAUAAGCUCUAUGACUACUAAAUUGUUAAUGUAACACCAAAAUUGAUCUUAACUCCUCUAACUGAGCCUGGUUUCCAUAUGGUCGUAACGGUCGUAAAGAUUGAGUCACGAUCUUUCUCAUCAGCCGAAAUACAACAUUUCAUAGAACUAAAAGUACGCGGAGUUAUUAUGACUAGAGAAUACUUUACAGGUAUAAACUAUUAUAAACUGAUGCUUGUGAUGUUACUCUGAGUGUAUAUCCACACCCGGCAAGCUUGAAAAAUAUGCUUGGCCAGGUAUAUUUUUCAAGCUUGCCCGCGGUGUGGAUAUACACUGUCUCUGAGUAACAUCACAAGCAUCAUGUUCACCUGAGUACAUUACACCAACACAAAUUUAUUAUAAACUGGCCGUUGAGAAAGAUUGUGACUCUAUUUUUACGACAAUUACGACCAUUUUGAAACCAGGCUGAAGAAAAACUUCACGACAAACACUUCACGACAAACACUUCACGACAAACACUUCACGACAAACACUUCACGACAAACACUUCACGACAUGUUUGCGACAGAUACAACCAUGUGGAAAUCAUGCUUUAUCUUAGUAUUGACUUGUUAUCGCCAGUCAGCAUAUCCACAGGCCAGCGAUAACGUUUGAACAUGCGUACUGUAUAUAUACAGUGCCCACUCACAGAACACGUUCCUUUCUCUAGGGAACAGUUCUCAUAAAGAGUGCUGCUGAACUAAAGGCAUUUAGUCCUGGUGCUGAAAAUUUACUAGAAAGUGUAAGUAUAUCUGAGAUCUUUCUUUCUUCUUUCUGUACCCAAUCCAGAAACUUUGUUUUAUUCUUUAUAUUUUUAGCAAGUCAAGUGUUUAGUUGAUGCUGGUUGUAAUUUAGUUGUGACUGGUGGUAAAGUUGGCGAUAUGGCUUUGCAUUUCUGUAAUAAAUAUAAUCUCAUGGUUGUAAGGUAAGCUCUGUCUUAAAAGAUAAAUUUACUAAGCACAUUGACCCAAUAAUGACCAACAAUCUCUUCUUAGCACUUAUGAUGGUGCUCAUCUAUGGAACUCCAUUCCAAACGAGUUUAGAGAGAGAAAAUCUCUUUCACAUUUUCAAAAGAACUGCUACUCACAUUUUCAGUCAUAUAAACAAAAUAUUAGUAUAGGUAAUCAUGCGAUGUUGCUCGUACAAUUAGGGAUUAAAAGUACUCGUGAUGUUUGGCAAUUUUUCCGAAUUGGACUCGCCGUGUACUUCUUUAUUAUUUGCAUGACAAAAUUGGAUAAUUCUCAAUGUCAAAUGUCCACAUCAUAUUCUCUCGCCAAAGCCCAGUCCUGUCAGGCUCUCAACCAAACUUUGGUGCUUUCGUUCGUAUUUAGUUCUUUUGCUUUAAGUUGUUUAAAUACCUUUCCACAAUUUUGUUUGUUUUGGGAAAAUCAUUAAUUAUACUGCAGUACAAUUAAUGAAAUAACUGUACUCUUUUCAACCAAUCGGCAUCCAGGAAUUUUGUCAUGCUAAUAAUAAACCCUGUAAAUAGAUUAUUCAUUUAUCAUAUUCCUUCAUAUUAUACCUCACAUUUUGUAGCUAACUUUAAAUAUUGUACCUUUUUACACUAUACACGAAAUAUUUUGUUACUAUAACUUUAAAUAUUAUAAAUAAACUAAUAAAUACAUUUUCACUAAAUUGUACUUUCUUUCACUCGUCCCCGGUGAAAGUCAGCUUCGCGGUCGACUUGGUUAGCGUGGUUAAAUAAAGUUCAUUAUUAUCAUUAUUAUUAAUUUAUUAUGAUUAUCAUUCAUUGUCCUUACUGGACAAUUCUAGUACUGUAACAUAAUGUUAAGAUUGACCUUCACUUACUCGCGGUCAUUUCAAUUUUAGGCUAACUUCUAAAUGGGAAUUACGUCGACUUUGUAAAGCUGUUGGAGCCGUCGCACUCCCGAAAAUGGUACGUAGUGCUAAUUUGGACAUGGUUAUUUUGCUUCUUUUUUUUUUAAUUUUUUUUUUAUUUUGCUUCUUUCCUAAUUUGCAU